AUGUCGGCUUCAUUUUAUACUCCAUUGAAAGAGAGCGAAAUACGAGUUCUCGAGAUAUUACCAUCCGAAGAUUUCUCCGAGAACAUCAACACUACCUGCCGUAUUAUCUCCCUGGCAUCUGAUACUUCUACUGAGGCGUAUGUUGCAUUGUCCUACACAUGGGGAGAACCAAAUGAUACUUCAUACAUCUGUGUCAACGGUUACAAACACAAAGUCACUCCCAACCUAGAAUCAGCUUUACGACAUCUAAGAGACGACAAGAAUACUAUUAUUAUUUGGGUGGAUGCUGUUUGCAUCAAUCAGAAUGACAUCCCCGAGAGAGAUAGACAACUACAAAUGAUGGCGGACGUCUACAAGAAAGCCGAAAUGGGGCUUUCGUGGUUAGGGGAGGAGUCUGAUGAUAGCUCUUUGGCGCUCAGAAUGAUCCAAAGAUGGGCCUCAUUUUCGAUACCGUUACUAGAUGGCGACCUACGCGAAUUCUUCGAAAGCAAAUUAGAAGAUGAAAUACUCAUGCCAAAAUCUUUCGCCGCUCUUAAGAACUUACUGCAAAGACCAUAUUGGAAGCGAGUCUGGAUACAGCAAGAAGUUGCCCUACCUCCCAUGGUUACGAUGCAAUGUGGGCAUGAACGUCUAUCAUUUGAUGCAAUAAGUGAGUUCACUUGCACAAUGGCAUCGAUUCGACUUAUUGGCAUGACAUCUAGCCGCAGUUGGCUUGAUCCUGACUUGAUAUCUGACGAGAUGGAUAUCGCACCAUUGCUUAAUUUGCACAAUUGCCGAAACUCAAAAUUGGUUGAUUGUACGAGAGACAAAACUCCAUCAUUAUUUAAUUACCUUUAUUUAUCUUCAAUUCUUAAAAGCACUGAUCCGAGGGAUCACAUAUACGCACUUCUUGGACUUCCUCAUCUCGAAAAGUAUCGAUCGCUUCUUCGCCCAAGCUAUACCAAAUCAGUUUCACAUGUGUUUUCUGAAGCUGCCCAUAUCAUGAUUGAGGAGAAGAACAGUCUAAAGCCUAUAGCUUUUGCUUGCAGCUUAUACUGCCCGGAUAUUUCACUGCCAUCUUGGGUGCCUGACUGGACAGCUAGGAGCUUCAAAUUACUCCCUCUCACACAUUUCAAGGGGAAAAGUCUUGGCCCUGUAGCUAACUUAUCUGAUUUCGUCAGUUUUUCAGCGGAUGGACAAGUUCUAUCAGUCACUGGUCUUUUAUACGAUGAAGUGUCUUUUUUGAAGGGAUGUUAUGCCACUACAUCAAUGAUGAAUUACGGCGAGUGGAAAGUUUUAUCUGAUCUCAAAGAUAAUUCGUUACCAAAUGGUCUCACGGUCUUAGAGGCUGUAUUUCGUAUUUUCGUAGGAAUGGAUGCCAACACUACCCUUGAUUCUUAUCGGAAAGAAAACGUCUUAAAGUUUAACUGCGAAGCUACAACCUUUGCGAUGAUUAUGUGCGACGAAACAGAUCGGUUUAGUACACUCAAGAUCCUUCUCGGUCAAGAUUCAUCCAAUCUCCCAGAAAUUUCAAAGGCCCUGAAUGAACCAGCGAAUGAACCAGAUUUUGAUCAAUUUAACGAAGAAACAGUCUUCGAGAAAUUUCGACAGCUAUCUGGCAGAAUGUUUUUCGUGACAAAGAAUGGGACACUAGGGGCCGGGCCUCCUGAUUUGAUUCCAGGGGACAAAAUAUUCCAUUUGAUCGGGUGGCCUGAAGAUUUUAUCCUACGAAAGGUCAACGAACAUUAUCGCCUGAUCGGGGAUACACGAAUUGCUCGGGCAGCACUUCCUUCGUUCACUGAUGGUGGUUAUGAAAUUAUCGAGAUUCACUGA